AUUAUCCUCGGACAGAGGCUAGACUUCAACUCACGAACAACCUAAUGUCGUCACGGCGUAGCUGAUUAUGUGGCGUUGCGUUCUCUAUAAAUGUUGAGCUCGGAAAUAGAUUGAUCUUCUUAACUUUGUUCCCCUCUACUCAAGGGAGAUGCAGGCUCUCCCUCAGCCAGUCGCUGUUCUCAUUUUCUCAUCUAUAGGCAUCUCUAUAGCUAUAUCCGUCCUUGCGGUUGCUGGUUUAAUCCUGAGUGCCUCGCCUCUUCUUUGGACCAUACCAGUCACAUUCGUUGCCACAUUCUCUCAUCAUAUCACGAUGCUCAGGAUAGCUCGUGUCGAGCCUCAUGGGUCUGAACGCCUCUUUUCGAGGUUGAGAGUCAUAUGGGGGUUCAUAACGGCAGCGGCUUGGACUCUAUGCAUCUGUGUCGCUGUGAUUGCAACCGUACUCAAAGCAAUGGAUGUGUUUCCGAAAUAUCAAAUGCAUGUAGGGCUAUGGUUAAUGGUGACCUGUGCAGCGCUUGCGCUCGUAGAGUCUGGACUUACUUGGACAAUUGCGAUAUUCAAUCAAAAGGAGAGGAAGAGGAUAACAUAUGCUGCGAAAUGGAGGCCUUUGACCAUGAACCACUCUUGGAGUAUCAAUCAUAGAUGAAGAACCUCCUUUCCCAGACUCGUCGUGUUCUUUUCCGGUGGAUUGUAAUUUAAAUUUUCUCUUCUUUCUCAAACUGUGUAUCGAUUGCCUCCCAUUUCCUUUGCAUGUCUUUUGUAUAUUAUUACCACAUAACUAACAUAAUAUGUCAUGAACACUACGACGGGUUACCGUGUUGGAAGAAAGGUGUUCUACUCUGUUCUGCUGUGAUUACAUCGAUCAAGCAUCAGUGUGGAUCGUCCAGCUUCCAGCCUGAGGGUAGCAACA